AUGAGCAACUUUUAUGUAGAAAAUUGCCUUGCUUUAAAUGGUGGGAUGAUAUAUCAAGAUAAAUUUUCACAAAUAGUGCUGUUAUAUGGGUCAGUAAUUCAUGCAAGUGCUACUUAGAAAGGAUCUGUUGUUUAUUCUUAAAAUGAUGAAGUUUUGGAGAGCGAUAGUUUAAAUUAAAUAGGUUAAAUCAAAUUUCCUAAAUUAUUUGGUCAAGGAAUACAAAUAAGCUAUGCCUUAAGUAUCGAGGAUGGAGGCUCUUUUUAUAUUGAUUCUAUUGGCAUGUAAUUUGAACUAUUAGAUAUUACUUGCUCUACAACUGAAUCAAUAGCUGGAUUCGGAGGAUUUCUAUUUAUUAAAGAAGCUAAUUUUAUCAAACUUAACAACUUGUAACUAUUUGAUUCAUAUUCAGCUAGCGGAUAACAAAUCUAUUCUUAGAAAGAGGGGUUAAUCUUUGUUUUGUCUGAAUCUUACCUCUACCAGAUUCAAAGAUAAGCACUAGAGUUAUACCCUUUUCUUUUUAAUUAAGAAAAUACUGGAGCUGGAAAUAAUGGGGGUGGUAUAUAUAUUAAAAAUCCAAAAGGUGACGUCUAAAUCAUAGAUUCAUAUUUCACUAGGAUGGUUGCAUUUAAUGAAGGAGGAUGUGUAUAUUACAUAGUAGAAGAGGUUUCUUAAUAAGAUUGGAACCCUUUUGAUAAUUAGCUAGUAAUCCCUCUCAUUUAACUUUAAAGACUUGAGUUUACAAAUGUGAGAUUUACAACAGUUUAGGCUUAUAACGCUAGUUCAGUCUUAGUCUUUGGUUUAUAAACAAAUGUAAUCUUUUCUUCUUGCUAUUUGGUCUAAUCAUAUGGGGAAGAAUAUAACUCUAUUUUCAUAAAGACAGCUAAUUUGGUAGAAGUGUCCAAUUUUUAUGUAGAAAGCAUUUACUCAAGAAGUAAAUCUGGUUUCUUAAAUUUAGGUGAGGAAGAAGUUUACUAAUCUGAAAAUGAUCAAAAGACAAAAAGAUCUCUCUUAUUUUACUUCGAUAAUAUGGGAUAGUCCUUUUAUUCAGAUUUAGAUAUUAUGACUCCAUUGUUUUUCAAAUCUGGAUUGCAGUUCUCAAUUGAGAGUCUUGUUAUGAAUAAGUGCUAAAUGAAUAGACUAAUCACUCCAAGGACGCAAGCUUUAAUUGUCAAUUUAGCUGAGUAAUCAACAUUUUCAGAUGCUAAUUCUUUUUAUAAAGAUGUCGAAGGACUCUAUGGUGGAAUCUAUAGUUUCAGAAAAGCAUAUAAUUGUACGUUUUACAAGGUCACAAACAAUGCAGGAUAAGUUUCAUUUGGUGGAAUAUUAUCAUUUUUUAAUGACGAAUUUGAAUUUUUCUCUUAUAGAACAGUGACUAUCAGGAAUUCAACGUUUGAAAAGAUAUUAAUUGUAGCUGGAAGUGGUGGUUUUAUCUAUUAAUAGGAUGAUGGAUUGAGAAGCAUUAACAUUGAAUCUGUCACUAAGUGGCCUAUAUAUUUCUUCACAUCCAGAUUAUUAGAUGACUGA